AUGAACUUAAAACUAAAAAACGAAGUCAGAGGCUCUGUCAGUUUGUUGCAUACGGCACCUGUAUCUUCUGUAAAGGAAGAAAGGCGGCGUAACGGUCGGUACAUAGCGAUUUUAGUUGGCAUUUCAUUGCUAAUUUUAGCUUUUUACCAUGCGUGGGUUCGACGCAUUCCCGUGGUUGCAAGCCUCGUUGUGCCGGCUCUCAUCAUGUUCGUAUACGUGGGGUGGGUGCUUUACACAGCAUCAAGGGACAAACAUAGGUUGAUUCUUCUCCAAGAUGCAGAGGCAGCAUUGGCAGCAGCUAAUGAGAUGGCUGAUAAUGAUGGACGAGUUUCCCAAUUAUCAAACAGUAAUUUAGAGGCAUCAAUUAUAUCAAGCAAGGACAGCUCGAAGCCUAAUUCUCCAGUAGGUUCAAUAAGAAAACAAUGUUCAAGGACGUCAUCGAUUUAUGUAAAAGAAGAAAACAAAACGAGGACUCAAGAAAAAAGCAUCAGUUUCAUAAAGCCCAUUAUUCUAAUUAACGAUAAACCACCGGAAGACCUUGACCAAAAAUGGAGUAAUAUUGUAGAAAAUUUGACAAAUAAUGAGAAACUUAAAAGGUUUUCAACAAGAAGAAGAUAUAAAAGAAAAUUUUGCAGAAGAAGACGAAAUGCUGCCUUUAAAAGAUCAUAUUCCAUUGGUUAA